AGAGGAUUUGUAAUCUUUUAGUCUACCUACACCAUCUUCGAUUGCAUUGCAUGGGCCAUAGUUGAAUUACCAUAUUGGUUUGUUAAAUAGGUGACAGCUGACAGGUAGAUAUGUAUUUGUUGCUUCAUGUAAAUGAUUCCUUAGAAGCCGUCCACAACCAUCAAUUAUCAAUUCACAGACAAAUUAAAGUGAAGGAAUCAAGGUAACUAAGAAUCCAUCCACACAUUUCUUGCAUAAUUCAUCCUCUAAAAGUUGCCUUUUUAAUAACUUUGACAAACUACUAAUAUGAUAUUUCGGGAAAUUGAAGGAGGGUGACUUUGGGAGUGUUACUUUUAUUAUUUCUUGUGAUUUGAUAUUGCCUAUAAUAUGGGUUUUACUCAAAAAUAAUAGACAGUCAGAUAUUCAAACUAAAUUCUCGUAUAAUCAAGCAUGCAAGCACACCCUAUAAAUAACCAAUGUACUUACUUUCUCAUGCAGCAACCUAAAAAUCUCACUAAGCUAACCAUACUAAAGAAAAAAAAAAAAAAAAACUGAAGAAAGAAAGAGAGGAAGAUAUGCUUUGCUUCAGGCUCAAACAGCAGCAUGUCCGAGAUGCAAAGAAUAUUAAAUUGAACCUUUGCUUGGCCCCCUUUCACUGUUCAUCAUCUUCAACAGUAGUCAAGUUCUGGCAAGAUCAAACACACGACAGCAUUGUUGCUAACAACUUGUGUCUUAUUUUCUGGGUGGAUAAUUCACAAUUGGUAGUUUAAUUUUCCGGCCAAAUGAGUCCCGAUUCCAACAGUGAGUUUGCGGCUGCAAUUGCUGCGGCUGCCUUCGCCAUCCAUGUCCAUGGCGCCGGUGGGGAAGUCAGCUCCGACCCAGACUACCUGCGGAACAAGUUGAUGCCGAUGGGAAGGGCCAAAACCCGAAAACAAUUUGAUCCUGUAAGGCCUGCAGAAUCUUCUAGGCGCUUCCCCGACAUAGAAGCUAACGAUGCUUCAGGAAGGCGAAAUAAUAGAGAGCGAAGCCAGAAGGGAACUUGGAGGGAACGCACAGCUCUGGAAGACAACGCUGAUGCCUGGGAGAAAGCCGCAAUUGCAAAGAUAAGAAAACGGUAUGAGAAGAUGAACUCUAGAAUUAUUGCUUGGGAGAAUGUGAAGAAGAUGAAAGUCAAGGAAAGAAUGGAAGCGAAAAAGAGGGAAAUGGAGCAGAGAAUACAAGUGAAUUUACAGCAUUACCAAAACAAGCUAGCAAGGAUCGAUAAUAGUGCUAGAGGGGCAAGGCUGCAGUUGGAAGAGAAGAGAAGACAUGAAGAAGCUGAGGUGAAGCAGAGAGCAAAGAGGAUCAGAUCAUCAACUGGAAAGCUUCCUGUUCCUUCUUGCUGCUGCUUUCGGCUGCGUUAAUAAGGCAGAUCUACGUACCAAGUUACUCUACAACGUUGGAUACAUUCAUAAUUUCUAUCCGAAGAAAUGAUUCACUGUGGACAAACAUGUGUGUGUGUACAUAUUUUCAUAGAAUAUAAGACAAUAAUUAUUUGAUAUUCUCUACUGUUAUAAUGAGUA